CUCCCGCCUGCGAGAGCUGUCACAGGACGCAGGUUCGCGGCCCGCCCGGGGACCGUCGCCACAGAGACGCCACAGGCGCUAAAACGCGCGGCGCGCGUGGGCGUGUCUCGGCGGGGCCGCGCCGCACGCCCCACCCCGGCCAGGUCCGCCGUACCCAGGUCGAGCUCCAGCGCCGGCCGGUCGGCCGGGCCCGCGUGCCCUCGGCGGGCAACGCUGAGCGCGACAGCCGGUACGGGCUGGGCAUGACGGGAGUCCCUCAAGCAACCGCCUGCCGCUACCGCCGCCACCGCGUCCGCCCGAGUAGGCGCCGCUGACGCGCGGAGAUGAAAUUCCCGGCCUCCGUGCUGGCAUCCGUGUUCCUGUUCGUGGCCGAGACGACGGCGGCGUUCUACCUGAGCAGCACCUACCGCUCGGGCGGGGAUCGCAUGUGGCAGGCGCUGACGCUGCUUUUCUCCUUGCUGCCCUGCGCGCUUGUGCAGCUCACACUCCUCUUCGUGCACCGCGACCUCAGCCGCGACCGCCCACUGGUACUGCUGCUGCACCUGCUGCAACUCGGGCCUCUCUUCAGGUGUUUUGAAGUCCUCUGCAUCUACCUUCAGUCAGGCCACAAUGAAGAGCCUUAUGUCAGCAUCACUAAGAAGCGGCAGAUGCCAAGAAAUGGCCUCUCUGAAGAGAUUGAGAAAGAGGUGGGCCAGGCAGAAGGCAAGCUAUUUACCCAUCGAUCUGCAUUCAGCCGGGCUUCGGUGAUCCAGGCUUUCCUGGGCUCAGCUCCCCAGCUGACCCUGCAGCUGUAUAUAAGCGUUAUACAGCAGGACGUCACUGUCGGAAGAAGCUUCUUCAUGACUCUAUCCCUGUUGUCCAUUGUGUAUGGAGCCUUGCGCUGCAACAUCCUAGCCAUCAAAAUCAAAUAUGAUGAGUACGAGGUCAAGGUGAAGCCUCUGGCCUAUGUCUGUAUCUUCCUCUGGAGGAGCUUUGAGAUUGCCACUCGAGUUAUAGUCCUAGUUCUUUUUACCUCCGUCCUGAAGAGCUGGGUGGUUAUGGUCAUAUUCAUCAACUUCUUCAGCUUUUUCUUAUACCCUUGGAUCCUCUUUUGGUAUAGUGACUCCCCAUUCCCUGAGAACAUAGAGAAGGCUCUCACUCGGGUGGGUACCACCAUCGUGUUAUGCUUCCUCACUUUACUCUAUACUGGUAUCAACAUGUUCUGCUGGUCAGCUGUACAGCUGAAAAUUGACAGCCCCGACCUCAUCAGCAAGUCCCAGAAUUGGUACCAGCUACUGGUGUACUAUAUGAUGAGAUUCAUUGAAAAUGCCAUCCUUCUCCUCCUGUGGUAUCUUUUUAAGACCGACAUCUAUAUGUAUGUGUGUGCACCUCUGUUGAUUCUACAGCUGCUUGUUGGGUACUGCACGGCCAUUCUUUUCAUGCUUGUGUUCUAUCAGUUUUUCCACCCUUGCAAAAGGCUCUUUUCCACCACUGUUUCUGAAGGCUUUCAGAACUGGCUUAGGUGUUUUUGCUGGGCCUGCAGGAGGCAGAAAUCCAGUGAGUCAGUAGGAAAUACAGACUUAAAGUCAUCUAGAAGUGGAGAUGAGAUACCUUCUAGUGCUGGAAUAAGUGAGGAGCCCACUCAGUUCUUGAAUGCUGAUGAUAUAUGCUCUGCUUAAUGGGAUCCAAGGUCUCUCAGGGCACAGGCAUAUUGUUUUCUGGGUUUCAUACCCACUCUUCAUACAAGAAAUGAACCCUGCACAGGGAAAAAGGCAGGAAGUUAGCUGUCAAUUCUUUGUGACCUGCUUCUCUGUAUAGAGCUCUUGAGUAUUUAGAACUAUGGGGAGAAGCCAGGGAAACCUGUGAAUGUUGAAGAAGGGCACUACAGUUCCCAGGUGACCAUGUUACAUUCUUCUAGACAUUACUGGCCUUUUCAGUGACGAGGUAUCUCUGCAAUCUGAAUUGGGCUAGUUAAAUCCAUCAGGUAGAAUGAAGAGAGAGGCUUACUUGUUUUCUAGUUUUCUGGACUGUGUUGGUCUGGGUAGCCUUAUAAUUUAUUAUUCCUGAACAUAAUUUUCACCCUAGAACUAUCCUGAUGACCAGAGAAGGUUACUGGUGUUUUGCCAUCAUUAAUGUCAUUUCUGUCAGAGUUUACAGGGAAGGAUGUUCAGCUUUGGUUUUUGAAUAGACAGAUAUUCCAUUUUCAUCUCAUUAAGGUUCUUUGUACAUAGCCAACUGUAGUGCCCCCCGCCCCAGCAUGCUGUCUACUUGAUUCGAGAGCCUGGAUUUGGAUACUUUAUUGCUUAGCAUCCAUGGAUACAAAAAUGAAUUCUAAAUUUGACUAUGAAAACCUGUAAUUUCAGGAAAGUUCUUAUCUUUUGGUAUGUUGAAGAAAUUCUGUAUCAGGAGAGAUGUUAAAACAUCAAAAUGAUGGAGCUUAUAUAAGUAGAAUUCUUACCAUCCCAGAAUGGUUAAAUAUGUGAAUCUGCUCCAGGGUAGGCUUAAACCUCCUUAAGGUUCAGUCCUGUUGCAUGAUUCUGGGAAAUUUCUCAUAGAGUUUUCUAGGAUUCACAUUUUUAGGAAAGAAGAGAAUACAGUCUCCACUCUCACCUUCCCCUUCCUUGCCUGUCAGGAAAGUUUUACAUAAGAGUUACCUUGGUCGACAAGUUUUUCUGGUAUUUAGUCAUUUUCAUUUUUAUUUGAAGGAAGAGGGUUUUCCUCACCACCACCCCCAGUUAGAUACCGACCUCAGAGAACUUUUUUAAAUUGUAGAAAGAGAUGACCAUAUUUUUGUCUGUCAUUGAACACAUUUUGAUUUACCAUAAUUGUAAAUUAAUUUGAAAAAGAUUUCUAAUGUUAUCCUCCUAUACCCUUUCAUCAUCUGUAUAAUCUUUUUUUCUUUAAUUUGGAACCCUGUUUAUUUCAUAAAAGAGGAUUGGAUAACACAUCCUCAGUUGUCUUGGAAAAAUUCUUGUAUCCAAUACCACUAUUUCCACCAUUAAAAUAUUCAUAAUGAAGUACUUGGAAAUGGGUGACAGUAAAGAUCCUACCAAUUUAAAAUGGAGAUCAGAGUAAAAUCAGAGAAAUUUACAAAGGGGACUCUAUUUAUGGACUCUACGUAGUAUUUAACCAGAUGGAAUAUGGGUCCACGUCUCUGUAUUAACCUAGAAAAUGUAUUCAUCUGCCCAUCACACUUCUGAUAAUUUUCCUUUUGAAUUCUUGUUGGUGUCAAAUUUAUAAGUAAUUUCAUACGCACAGAUAAAAAUGCAAUUUGGUAAUCAAUUUCUGCUACAUUCAGGUGUCAAACAGUACAUAUUCUUUCAUAGGGCAUCUAUAUUGUUUAAUAUUUUUAUACAGUUCCAUAGAAAUAUAUCAAUAAGCUUCUAAACUGUAGAAAUUUAACUUUAGUUUUAUGAGAUGGUUUUUCUCAUUUCAAAUGUUCUUGGUUUAUCAGUAUUUGUGGUUUAAUAUUGUGGAGAUAUCCAUAAACAGAUUGUUGUCUAUUUUUAACCAAAUGAAAAUAAAACUCAAGAUUGUCUAUGUUCUGUCUGCUAGCACAUCAUCUAUUACUUACCCUAUUUUUAAUAGGCCUAAAAUAAGUAAUGAGCACACCUAAUCAAAAUGAGACUUCAUACAACAUAUACUUUCAUGCACUCUCCAAGUGCAUAGAUUACAAUUGUAAUCCACAGUAGCACCCUUCAAUGUCAAGACUGUGAAUAAAAUAAAGCUAAAAUACAUCCUUUUUUGACUAUUUCCUAGUUAACAAAAGGUUCAGUAAUGAUGAGGAGAACAGUGAGGCCAUUCCUAAUUCAUUCCAAGUGUUUCUUUUUAUCACAUCCAUUAGUUGCGUUCAUUGACACCGGAUAUUUCCAAGCUCUUUUGUGAGAAAGAUAUUUUCAAAUGUCUUGAAGGUUUGCAGUAGUUGAUGGUAGGGCUAAUCGUGACCCUUUUCCAUCUGAAAUACCUUCAAGUCAUGCCUUCGGAGUGAGGAGUGGGAGCAGCCGCCAGCCUGUCACUGACUGGAUAUGUUCAAAAUUGGACAGGGAUCGAGAAAUUGGUAUUUCUCAGCUUUGGUUUGGAAGCCUGUCUUAAAAAUCAUUACAAAGUCUUAAUCUUCAAAUACAUUUUAAAUCACUUUAGGUCAGUGGUUUUCAACCUUCCUAAUGCCACGACCCUUUAAUACACUUCCUCAUGUUGUGGUGACCCCAACCAUAAAAUUAUUUUCAUAUACCUGUAUUUGUACGGGGUAUAUAUAAUGGUUUUAGGUAACCCCUGUGAAAGGGUCGUUCGACCCCCAAAGGGGUUGCGACCCACAGGUUGAGAACCGCUGGUUUAGAUGAUAAGUAAGCACCUUUAGUGACCCCAAACCAAACUACUGCCCCGUUUCCCCGAAAAUAAGACAUCCUUCGAAAAUAAGACCUACUUACAGGAAAGAUAAGAUGUCCCCUGAAAAUAAGACCUAGCACAUCUUUGGGAGCACACCUUAAAAUAAGACACUGUCUUAUUUUCGGGGAAACAGGGUAGUGAUGUUGUGUCAGAUUCCCAAAGCCUAAUUCACACAUUGAUAAGGACAGAAGUUUGAUAACUAAAUUGGACACUUUGUCAAUUUUAAACCCUUGCUAUACGAGUACCCUGUCUUUGGGGACACAUACGUCCAUUCAUUUUGGGUGAGGGAAAUAAGUGCUUUUUUAUCUUGCAUGGUGAAAAUAUAAGUUAUGGUAAACUAAGAAUUUUUGUAUUUAAAUUAUAUCUUUGAAAUGGCAAAAUUGCAAUUCACACUGCAGAGCUAGUCGUCCUAAAAGCAUAAAAUAAGCCAGAAAAUUUCCUUAUGUUUUGAGAGCUAAAAUGUGUUUUUCAGUUAUAAUUUCAAUUUGUCAAACUCUCAGUGCUUUGUCUAAUUAAUCACAUACCAUAACCUGUCAUGAGAGCUGCUCCAAAUGAAUCACUGUCAUUUGGCUGAAUGGGGGUAAAAUAUUUCCUCAAAAUAUAUUGAAAUAAGUUUACCAAACAUGUUUAGAUUUUCUCUCAUCAUUAGAAGAGACAGCCAAAUAUAGAGGUUUGCAUCUCCCUGUCCAGCCCUGUAAGUUGCUUAAUUGCUGCAUGCUUCAGUUUCUUCGCUUACCAAAUUUGGAUAAUACGCUUGUCCAACCUACCUCACCAGAUUAUCAGAAAUAUUAAAUAAUAGGUGUAUAAAUACUUUGAAAAUAUUUUUAAAGUACCAUCCAUAUUUAAAGAGUUAUUAUUAUAGUUAUUAGAGUCCAUAAGCAGGUUAUUACUAUUUUUUUACUGUUUGAAAAGAAGUAAGUAGUGUCAUCCACAUAGUUGUCUUGAGUGCAUAUCUGAGACUUUGGCCUUCUCAACAGUUGCCCUUUGUCUUACCAACCAGUUGCUUACAAAAAUUAGCACCCAAGACUCGGCGCCUGUAGCUCAAGCAGCUAAGGCACCAGCCACAUACACCAGAGCUGGCGGGUUUGAAUUUAGCCUGGGCCUGCCCAAGAACAAUGACAACUACAACCAAAAAAUAGCCAGGCAUUGUGAUGGGCUCCUGUAGUCCCAGCUACUUGGGAGGCUGAGGCAAGAGAAUCGCUUAAGCCCAGGAGUUGGAGGUUGCUGUGAGCUGUGAUGCCAUGGCACUCUACCCAGGUCAAUAGCUAGAGGCUCUGUCUCAAAAAAAAACAAAAAUUAGAACCCAAGCACAAUGGUACUUGGAGGACAAAGACCAACUGAAUCUGAGAACGUGAUUCUGAUGGUAAAUGAGUUUAUCAUUUUAGUAUAUUCAUGUACAACAUAGCACCAUGUUUUGAUAAUUGUGAUUUACAACAUGAAUGCUUGAUUCAAGUCAUUAACUGAAUUUGAGUUUAAUCUUUUCAGCCUUGUAAAUGGGAAAAUAAACAUUAAAAUUGAUUGUUAAACAGCAUUUCCUUGGAAACCACCUUAGAACAUUAGUGCUAUGGUUAUCAGUGUAUGUGCCAGUACUCCUCAGCCAAUACAUUGUGGAUGUGAGCUUUUGUCAACUGCUUCUCUGCAGUCAUUGACUGUAAUAAAUAUUGUUAUGUUUCUUCAUAUAAUAAAUUAAUUUUUCAAUU